AUCCAGGGGAGUCAUUUGUUCAUGGAUGGACACAUUUUGAGGGCAGCUUCGUUCCAUGAUGUCCAUGCUGAGGAUGUCAAUUGCGUUGAGGACGACGGACUCCGUGGAAAGGAGACGUUCCCGGGAUUCUGCUGCAAAUCCGCUGUUAACCAAGGUGCAAGUGAUGAGGCCUCUCGAGUAUCAAAAGAAAGGAAAAUGGCUCUGCUCAAUGUCAUCCAGGAGAAACGUUCGAUUUUAUUUGGAAAAAUAUCAGAAGUUGACAAUAAGCAGAGGCAUUUGGGCUGGAUGGAAGUGCUGUCAAGUGCCCAGUCCUUACAAAUCGUUUCUGCCGAGCGUGACUUUGCCUUCGUUCGGGAUAAAAUAUGGGGAGUUUGGAAAUCGAGAGCGAUGUCCAAAAGAGAAAACAUGACGCGCAAGGGAAAAGGAGGAGGUCGAGAGAAACCUUUAAAUGAAGUCGACACUCUAAUUCUGGACAUUUUAGAGGGAGAUUUACCAAUAAAAAUUGAAGAGGUCCAUGGCAGUGCUGACAGUGUAGUUGACGAGGCAGACAUAAAUGGGGAAGACGAAAACGCCACAGAAGUGGAGGUCGUAGAGAGUAUACCAUCCAGACGACCAGGACGCUCUGCAUUAUUUCGGACUAAUACGAAAAGAAAGGGACCACGUGUGGAAAAAUUUGGCUGUAAUUUCCGUGGGGAGCAUACAAAACGAAAAAAUCUUGAACUAACUCUUUUAGAAUUGCAAAUUCACAAGGAUCGGUUGGAAUGUCUGCGCCUAGAACGUGAACUUAAGUUACCACCUUCUGAGUAUACAAGUCCAUUAUUUUGAUAUGAUUUUUCAUCCUAAUAAAUUUUUAUACUGCUAAAUA